GACAAAAAGGCUUGAGGCCUCCCCCAUUCCACACACCCCAUCCCAUCUCCACAAAUUAAGUGAAUAUCUCAGAGCCACAGAAGCGCUUCCUCAGCAAUCUCCCACCCUAUUAUGAGUAUGGAGAACAAAAUCCCAAAGCCCAUCCGGUGCAAAGCGGCGGUGUGCAGAGGCCCCGGGGAGGCGCUGCGGAUCGAGGAGGUGGUGGUGGCUCCGCCGGAGGACCACGAGGUCCGCAUAAAGAUCCUAUGCACCUCCCUCUGCCACAGCGACCUCACCUUUUGGCGCAUGAAGGAUUUCCCCGGCAUCUUCCCCAGAAUCUUCGGCCACGAGGCCGUCGGGGUGGUGGAGAGCGUGGGGGGACACGUGGAGCGCCUGGAGGCGGGGGACAUGGUGGUCCCCACCUUCCUCGGGCAGUGCGACGCCACCGAGGACGCUUGCGUGGACUGCCGCUCGGAGCGAAGCAACAUGUGCUCGAAGCUCCCGUUCACGGUGACGCCGGGGAUGCCGAGGAGCCACGGCGGCGCCGCCUCCAGGUUCACGGACGCGGCGGGGCGGCCGGUGCACCACUUCCUGAACGUGUCGAGCUUCAGCGAGUACACCGUGGUGGACGCCGCCCACGUCGUCAGGGUGGACCCCACCGUCCCGCCGGAGAAGGCCUGCCUCCUCAGCUGCGGCGCCUCCACAGGAGUUGGUGCUGCGGGAAAGGUGGCCGGGGUCGAGGCAGGGUCCACCGUAGCAAUCUUCGGAUUAGGGGCCGUUGGAUUAGCGGUGGCUGAAGGUGCGAGAAUUCGCGGGGCCUCGAGGAUUAUUGGCGUUGAUUUGAACCCUGAUAAGUUCGAGCUCGGGAAGAAGUUUGGGUUAACAGAUUUCAUAAAUCCAAAAGAACUUGGUGACAGAUCCAUCAAUGAGGUGAUCAUCGAGAUGACGAAUGGCGGCGCUGACUAUUGCUUUGAGUGCAUCGGUUUAGCAUCAGUGAUGAAAGAUGCAUUUCAAAGCUCUCGGCAGGGUUGGGGCAAAACUAUCAUUCUAGGCGUGGAAAUGCACGGUGCACCAUUAUGCGUCGCAGCAGGUGAGAUCUUAUGGGGUAAAUGCAUCAUGGGUUCGUUAUUCGGAGGCAUCAAACCAAAGAUCGACAUUCCGAUCUUUGUAAAACAGUAUCUCAAUAAGGAACUGCAGUUGGAUGAGUUCAUAACCCAUGAGAUCGGAUUCGAAGACAUUAACAAAGCAUUUGAUUUACUUGUGGAGGGGAAGAGUCUCAGAUGCACAAUUUGGAUGGACAAAUAAGGGAACAAGAGACUUCAUUUUAAGUUCAUGUUUGCGCACAUUUGUAUCCUCCUUUUCCUUUGUAUAAGAACAAAUUACAAAUGGUUGAUUAUGAAGAUGGAACCAGAAUUGUACCAUGAUAAUAUUGUUCAUCAAAGCUGUGUAUGACCUGCAUAACUGAGUAAGCAAGAAAUGGGCACAGAAAUUUUAUUGUCCCAUAAAGGAUGCAGAGGGAAUUCGUAGUA